AUGAGCGAAUCGUCUAGAUCUAUAAACCAUAAACUCAAUGAAUUGCUAAGUAAACAUAAUAUUAGUAAGGCUACUUUGGAUAUAGAAACAGCAUUAAGCUAUGCUAGUGUAUUAAGGACAAAUAUAUUGGGUAAAGACAAGCAGGAGAAGGUCAAUUCUAUAGUUGUAUUGGGUAAACUCUUGGAUUGCAGUGGAGACGUAUACUCUGACGAGUUCAGUGAUAUCUUGGAUGAUGUUUUAUUUCGUACGCUAUACUCUAUAAUAAGUACUAAUAUGUCGACAGAAACGUAUAAAGCAAUUAUAAAAAUAUCAAUGUUGCUUAUGAUGGGUUCACUUUUCAGAAAUGAAGAACUCAAUCAUUACCUUCCUAUCUUUGAAUCGUUGAACGACAACAUAGAGGUUAUAGACAUUAUAGCAGAGAAAACCCACUUGCAAGACCCUAAGAUCACAUCUAACUCCAUCAGAUUCGUCACAGAGUUGAUUAGUAGGGCCACAAGCUUUGAAUAUGAUGGAAUCAUUCCGAUAGUGUUGAGGUUGAGACGAGUUAAGUUCUUUUCCACAGUGGCAACCUAUCCUGAAACGGAAGAAAGGUCGUUAAACGAAGUCAUAUCUCAAUUAAGAGUGGCUUAUUCUGAACUAAAUGAAGCUUUCAGCGAUAUGAUUUUGGACAGUUCAUUAGCAUCGCAUCAAUUUUUGAUUGACCAAUUGGUUCAAGCAUUAGAUCUCUCCUUAAAUCCUAAUGGAGUACAUGCCUCAAAAGAAGACUACAAGAGAGCAGGUUUCCCUGAGAAUAUUACAGCCUUCAUUGUGUCUGAAUUUUCAGUGCUGCUUGCUGUGGACCUUGUAAUUUUUCUUGAGGAUCAGGAUAAUGGCUUUAAAAAAUUAUUUCACGAAACACUUUUAAUGGAUAGAAAUGUGAAGUUUCCUCUUUAUUCUUUAUUUCAUAAAAGCAGCAUCAUUUUGCAUGUUGUUUUUCAUCAGACAAAAAAGUUUCCAAAUAUCGCCUCAUCUACCCUUAAUAGAGAAUUGAUGAUAAGCUAUACAAUGACUGCAUUUUUAUGGUUUUGGAAACAGACUAUGAUGUUUGCUUCUGAGCCUGGAGAUUUGGAUAAGCUUGCUAGUCUAGUACAGACUUUGUUAGAGCAGCUAGAAAUAGAGUUCUCUAAGAAGAACAAAACAGUAAAGGAAAUUUUUGAUUUGAUAUUGCUGCAGGCGACAGAUGAAAUGAGAACUGCUCAGGUCGCUAAGAUAAACAAAAAGCUAUCUCUCAAGUGGGAAUAUGAAUUGAAAGAAUUCACCGAUCAUCUAAUCUCUGAGGCAUCGGACUUCGUUUUGGAACAACGGGUAUCGCAGUUAUUUAAAGGCUCCUGGGUUUUUACAGAGGAUCAUGGAGAUUCUUUGUUGAAAUCAAAAGAUAAUUUGCUUAGACCGCAUAAGGUUUACUUUGUUACUCUAUCUCCCAAUAAAAAAAAUUUGUAUUAUAAGCCAUAUUUUGAGAAACCAUCAACAAACCCUACAUAUGAGGAAAUCGAGGGACAAUUUAUUAAAUUGUCUGAUGUGGUGGAGUUUAUACUUACCGAUAUGAGCCCCCCUGACGAUGAAAGAAGUAAUAUGGGUAUUAUGGUCUCAGGUUCCAUUUCACAGGAAAAAAUCACGAUAAUGGGUAUAAAUAAUCGCAAGUUACUCAGCUUUUAUCCUGAUAGUCAAUUCGAUAAAAGUGUUUGGCUCGAUGGAUUAAGAAUGUUGAGAGAUAAUGAAAAAGAAGAUGAGAAGCUCAUGGUGACUGAAGAUCACUUACGCACCUUGGUUAAUGUCAGAAUGUCUUCUCAGUUAUUUAAAUUAGAAAAAGAAGAUCCUGCGAACAUAGAAGAGAAUGACUAUUACGAUCCAGAGGAGUUAGAAACGGUAACCGAAUCAUUCUAUUAUGGCUCAAUCUGCUAA